AUGGCUCCCGGCAAAAGAACCCCUACUCUGGCAGAGAUAGCCCUUGUUCCUUUGAAGAGUUGCCUUGUCAACCUCCCUUCGCCGCUUGUUUCACUGUUAGUCAAUGCGAAUACACCCGCGCAAAAUGUUAUUGUCCAGAUCCAGCACAACGGCCCAUCUACGUCCACGUCCAAUUCUGGCAAAACUGGGCAGUCAGUCCAGAAAUCAGCACAUGUCGGAUGGACUGGAAUGCCUAGCAAGAGGAAGCUGGCGCCAGUUGUGACUCGAGAUGGUAUCAAUGGCACAAGGGGACAACCCAAAGACCAGGAUGUGGCCGUACUAGAAAUCGAUUCCACCUUUGGGAGGGUAUUGGGCCUAAGUGAUGGGCAGAAGGUUGGAGUACUUCUACACUUGGAUCCGCCAGUCGCCCACACUGUGAACAUUGAGCCUUUAACCCCUACGGACUGGGAGAUCAUCGAGCUGCACGCCAACUUCUUGGAGCUCAACCUGCUAUCUCAAAUCAGGGCCCUUCCUAACCCAGCAUAUACUCCUUCUGCUGAUCAAGACGAGCACACGCAUCCGCUAACUUUACACCUUUCACCUACCUCCACGGCGAAUAUCACUAUCACAUCACUCACGCCACAAGCCCCCUCAACAUCGCCUUUCGCCAAAAUUUCACCUGAUGCAGAAGUCAUCGUUGCGCCAAAGGUCCGCCCAAAGACCGGGAGGUCAUCCCACAGUGGAAAUAGGAGUAUAGCCAGUACUGGCCGCCGGAGCCAGGGAACAAGGAGUGUCAGCAGUGUGCAGAGGCCGAGGAGUAGUCAGUCCGAGUCUUCAUCGCGAGGAGCUCUCUUUUUGCGCGCCGUAGACCGGAAAGCUGCUUUGAACUGGUUUGACGAGGACAACGAGGCAGAAAAGAACGAGGGACUAAGGGUGUGGAUUGACCGUGAUGUUUUAUCUAGGAAUGAGCUACGAGGAUCUUCUUGGGCUUGCGUUUCUAUUGUACGACCAGCUGCCCUUCAAGCGCCUGUCGACCCACAGCAACAAGCUCAACAGAAGGAGCUGAUAUCCCCUGAAGCCGGAAACAUCUCUCGAAAGCUGGUAGCAAGGCUUCUCCCUUGGGAUGAGAGCCCGGACUCCGAGCAUGUUGCCCUUUCUUCUCUUUUAUGUUCUGCUCUGGAAUUUGACGGCUUGGUUGGUGGCAUCGUUCGUAUAGAGGCUGCUCCGCCCCCAAUGCAGAAACCAUCAGUGAAGACAGUCAAGAUAUUCCCUUUUGGAACCGACCUGUCAAAAAAGAAAGAUGGAUUUAGAUUUGGCGGCGACUCGGCUAGCUUCCGGGAUGCUUUUGUUGAACGAUUAAAAAUGGUUUACGGGAGCCCUGGAUCAGACACAGGCGUUUUAAGCGGCCCUAUCACAGAUGGGAUGUUUUUGCCAAAACUAGAUGAUCAAACGAGGACUCUAGACUUCGAUGGAGGGAUGGUCAAAUUUGACCCCCCGUUAGAGGGAAGUUCUGUAGAUGCGAAACCAGCAUUCAGCUGGGUGCUAGGCUCUGAAGGCAAGAUUGCCAUUGAAAUACAGGGAGCAAUACCCAAACCGCCAGACCCAUCAUUCCAGCCUACACCAGACGACGAAGUUUUGCCCCUUGAGAUCCCUAGGUUAGUAGGGAUCAAACCCGUGAUUACGAACUGCAUGUCAAACCUCACCCGUUCCUCUUCGAUCCUUCUCACCGGUGGACUAGGAUCAGGCAAGACAUCCCUUGCUUAUCUGCUUGCUCACCAGCUACGAGAGGAUUAUCUGUUCAAUGUCACAUAUUUCCCAUGUCGAAAACUACUCACUGAUGAAACCCGGGUUUCCUCUAUCAAGGAAACUCUACGGCGACUUUUUCUUUCAGCUUCUUGGUGUGCAAGACUCGGCGGGAACUCAGUUGUCAUACUAGAUGAUCUAGAUAAACUGUGCCCUGUUGAGACGGAGCUCCAAGUGGGCGGUGAGAAUGGCCGAAGCCGCCAAGUCAGUGAGAUAGUUUGCUCUACUGUUCGGGAAUUUUGCUCCGCCUCGUCGCCAGUCGUAUUACUGGCAACUGCUCAGGCAAAGGAGUCAUUAAACAACGUCAUUAUUGGUGGCCACGUUGUUCGGGAAAUUAUCAGUCUGAAGUCUCCCAAUAAAGAUGGACGAAGAAUGAUACUCGAACAGUUAACAAAGGAGGAUAAAACCUCCACACUACAUGGCGACCUGAAUGGCCAUGCUCACAAUCCGAGCUCUUCAUCUCAGGACUCCUGGUUGAACCCAUCAAAUCCCACAUCACGGCCUGGAUCCUCCGGCCAUUCUGAUGGGUUUGUACUAAGUAGAGACCUUGAUUUUCUCGACCUAGCCGGGAAGACUGACGGCUAUAUGCCUGGAGACCUGGUCCUCCUAGUUUCCCGUGCGAGAAAUGAAGCACUGAUCAGUGCGGUACAAGAUACCACAUCUUCAUCCACAGUCAUAUCCCUUGGCACAGAGGAUUUUGAUCGGGCAUUGAAGGGAUUCACACCCGCAUCCCUGCGCAAUGUCACUCUUACGUCCUCGUCAACCACAUUCUCUGCAAUCGGUGGCUUGCAUAGCACGAGGAACACACUCCUAGAAACCCUACAAUACCCCACGAAAUACGCACCGAUAUUUUCUCAGUGUCCACUCCGACUUCGUUCGGGACUUUUACUCUACGGGUUUCCGGGGUGUGGGAAAACCCUCCUUGCUAGUGCGGUUGCUGGAGAGUGCGGUCUCAAUUUCAUCAGUGUGAAGGGGCCUGAGAUUCUUAACAAGUAUAUUGGUGCCAGUGAGAAAAGUGUGCGUGACUUGUUUGAGAGGGCCGAAGCUGCGCGCCCCUGUAUCCUCUUCUUUGAUGAAUUUGACAGUAUUGCGCCGAAGCGUGGUCAUGAUUCCACCGGCGUGACAGACAGAGUUGUCAAUCAGCUUCUUACACAGAUGGAUGGUGCAGAAGGUCUAUCGGGGGUAUACGUGUUAGCGGCAACCUCUCGCCCAGACUUGAUUGAUCCGGCGCUGCUUCGGCCAGGCCGUCUUGACAAGUCAUUGCUAUGUGACAUGCCCAACCAUGCUGAUCGAGUUGACAUCAUCCAAGCUCUGAGCGGAAAACUGAAACUGAGCGACGAUGUAAUGUCCCGACUGUAUGAAAUUGCCGGCCGAACAGAAGGGUACUCUGGCGCCGAUCUGCAGGCCGUUGUAUAUAACGCUCACCUCGAAGCCAUCCACGAUGCUUUGGGUGACCGAACACCAGCUCCAGAAAGUGGAUCAAAGUCUUCCAAGAAGUCAAACACAUCAUCGACCGAAACCAGUGAAAAGCCUACCAAGACCUCACAGGUUAACAAACCCUUUAUCCAAUUCCUAUACGACUCCAAAGAACACACUCUCGCCACGACAUCCAAGGGCGUGAGAAACACAUCCCUUGACCCACCGGCUGUCAUUGCAGCUAAAAUUGAGGAACUUAAAAAGGCUCGUUUACGUCAAAGACAGGCGCAGCGCAGCCAUAUAUCUGAUGCACUGCCAAAGGCGAAUCUGAAUAACGCUUCCGGCGAUGCAGGACUAGACGAUGACGAUAAAGAUUCUGAUGAGAUUAGUAUCGAAUGGACGCAUAUCGAGAGGUCACUUGCUACUACUCGCUGCUCCAUUAGUGCUGUAGAGAGGAAGAGGCUAGAAAGUAUAUAUCGCGAGUUCAUCGUGGGUAGAAAUGGAGAGAUGCCCACGGGUGAAGGUGCGAGAGAUGUUGGAGGCAGGACAACAUUGAUGUAA